AUGGUCGCUUCUCCCGUCGCUCCUCUGCAGGUGGCCAUGAUCGGCAGUGGUGAAUACACCACCGGUUUGACCGCGAACGAUGCCAAGUCGGACAAGAAGAUUGGAGGUGAGUACCCAAGAUCUGAAAUGCAGACAUGAAGGCGUUCUCCCUUCGCUACGUUUCGGGGCGCUCGGUUCUCUUGACCUGACCGCGUGGAACGCUCUCCUCCCCAUCCUCGUCCCGCAGUCGUCGGAUUGACCUUGUUCGAUCUCAGGUGAGCCGGAAAAGCUAUUUGCAACCCAUAGCCCAUAACGCGGCUACUCACCAUUUGCUCCACCGCAUUGUUUGAAAAUCACUAGGCGCCGAGGUAUCGUCGACAAACUUUCCAUCGUCGGUACUUCCGACAAGUGGGCUCAAGUCGAUGAGCACUUUGCCAAGAACAUCGCCGGUGCCUACAAGGUGAGCAGAGCCUUCCUCGGGAAGAGCUAGUUCGUUCCGUGCUGAUACCGUGCUGUUCGCGCGACAGGACAUGGACUGCUCUUACGAACCUUUCCCUGCCCGCGGAGCGUCGCGAGACCCCGAUGCCUACAAAGCUGCCAUCGAUGCUUUGCCCAAAGGCGCUGCCAUUACCAUUUUCACUCCCGACUCGACCCACCACGAGAUCGCGCUGUAUGCGAUCCAAAGGGGUAUCCACGUGCUCGUCACCAAGCCGGCGUGCCAAAAACUCGCGGACCACAUCGACCUCAUCAACGCGGCCAAGAAAGCUGGCGUCUUCGUCAUGGUCGAGCACCACAAGCGUUUCGACCCUUCUUACGCCGAUGGCAAGUUCAAGGCGACGUUGAUCGGUGCACCCAAUUACUUUAGCUCGUACAUGUCGCAACCGAAAACUCAGCUCGAGACGUUCAAGGCUUGGGCCGGUCGCGAUUCCGACAUUUCCUACUACCUCAAUUCGCACCACAUCGAUGUGCACUGCUGGUACAUGGAAGGUGUUGAAGGGGAUUGGGCACCUGUCAAGGUCACCGCCAGUGGAUCGGGUGGUGUUGCGACUUCGGCACCUUUCAACUGCGUCGCAGGGACCGAGGACACGAUCACGCUCUUGGUCGAAUGGGUCUCGCAAAAGGACAAGACACAACGAUGCACGGGAGUGUACACGUCGAGUUGGACGGCCCCGAUCGGCGCGGGUGUGCAUAGCGAGCAAUACUUCCACUACAUGGCCGCGAAGGGAGAGAUUCGGGUCAAUCAGGCUCGUCGAGGUUACAACGUCGUCACCGACGCCGAGGGGACAAAGGACUACAACCCCUGGUGAGUUGGCUGCCAGGCUUUGGGAUUGGGAUAUUGGUGCUUUUACUGACCUUUCGGGCUUUCUUCCAGGUACAUGAACUACGCCCCGGAUGGUGAGGGCCUCUUCCAGGGCCAACACGGCUACGGCUACAUCUCGAUCGAGAAAUUCGUCACUGCUGUAAGUGCACUUUGUUCUUUUCAGUCGAUCGCCUCACUUUCCUGGUCCACGACACUGAAUCUCGUCCCCGGGGUUAAUUCUAUAGUGCCAACGCGUCAACGCCGGUACGAUCGACCUCGAGCACCUCGACAGGACGUUGCCGACCAUCAAAGCGACCGUCUUGACCGGUGCCAUUCUCGAGGCGGGCCGAAGGUCAUUGGAUGAGAAGCGAUCGAUUGAAGUGGUGCACAAGGAUGGUGAAUGGGCGUUGGUUUGA